AUGAUUCGUCCUUGGACUCUCUUUGCCCUCUGUGGUCUCCUUGCAGCCGUCACAGCCUCUCCGUUGAACAAGUUUGAUGAACUGAAAUUCUACUUCCAGUACGCGUCGUCAGCGUAUUUGGACACUUGUGCGAAACCGAAUGGCAAUACUCUCAUUGAAGAGUUCAGCUCUGCGGUGAUAGACACUCAAGGAUUCAUUGCAAGGGAUGACAGUAGGAAGGAAAUAGUGGUGGCUCUGCGGGGUAGCUCCGACUUCGCGGAUGCCCUCACAGACAUCAACAUCCUCCUAGUUCCGUUCUUAUCGCCAGAAGUGGUCAGCCCUCUCGGCGUUCUCGUUCACGCAGGAUUCCUCACAGGCUGGAACUCGGUCGUCAAGAACGUGACGGCCGUGGUGUCCUCCCAACUGUCUGCCCACCCUGAUUAUACCAUCGUCACCUCCGGGCACUCACUCGGCGGGGCACUGUCCUCGAUCGCCGCUGUGUCCUUAGCGGAGAACUUCCCGAAAAGCCCCAUUCGUAUGUACACGUAUGGGCAACCUCGAACCGGCGAUCCUUCGUAUGCGUUCUGGGUGAACGACAAAUUUGGCGCGAACGCGUUCAGAGUGAUCCCUAGCGUACCGACUUUGAUACCGCAAUUGAUCGGGUACCGGCAUCAUGGCAUUGAGUACUGGCAGUUCCAAGAUCCCGCAGCAGCAGCCAACACCACACAGUGCGCUGCUGAUGGGGAAGAUCCGAACUGCUCCGCUUCCAUAGAACCGUCUGGAGGCAUCAACGACGCGCAUCAUACCUAG